GGCCUCGCCUCGCGGAGGGAAGGCGGGAGGGCGCGCGCCGGGCCGCCUGCUCGCUCCCUCGCCGCUCGCUCGCUCGCUCGCUCGCUCCCUCCCUCGGCGGCUGGGUUAGUCAGUCGGUCCGCCCGCCAGCAGCAGCCGGCGGGCCCGCGAGCCGCAGAGGGCCCGAGCCUCGGACGCCGGCACCUCCUCCUGCCAUUGUUCAUUGGGCGGCUGCAGCGACGGGCGCGGGGGACGCGGCCCGGGAACCUCGGCAACAUCAUGACAACAGAGAAGAGUUUAGUGGCUGAAGCCGAAAAUUCACCACACCAGCAACAGAAGGACGAGGGUGAGGGAGCCACGAACUCGGGCCAGCAAGAAGCACACCUGGAAGAGGCUUCUCAAGCUGCCGCAGAGGGAGAGAAUCAGUGUGAGCAAAAGCUGAAAACGUCCAAUGGAGGGACUCCUACUCAAGAAGACUUGAUCAGGAACAAGGAGCGGACACCUGAAAGUAGGGGCCUGUCACGGCUGUUCUCCUCACUUCUCAAAAGGCCAAAAUCUCAGGUCUCUGAGGAAGAAGGCAGGGAAGUAGAGCUAAGUAAAGAGAAAGGGGAAGGAGAUCAGACAGAGAUAGAGUUAGGAAACUGUCUCGAUGAGGAGAUAAUCUUAAAGGCCCCGAUUGCAGCUCCAGAACCUGAGCUCAAGACAGACCCGUCCUUGGAUCUUCAUUCAUUAAGCAGUGCAGAAACACAGCCAGCUCAGGAAGAACACAGAGAAGAUCCAGAUUUUGAAACCAAGGAAGGACUUGAAGAAUGCUCUAAAAUAGAUGCAAAAGAAGAAAGCCCAGAAACAAAGGCAGAAAGAGAGUUAAAAGCGUCCCAGAAGUCUAUCAGAAGACACAGAAACAUGCAUUGCAAGAUAUCUUUGUUGGACGAUACUGUUUAUGAAUGUGUUGUGGAGAAACAUGCUAAGGGACAAGAUUUGCUGAAGCGAGUAUGUGAGCAUCUGAAUCUUUUGGAAGAAGACUACUUUGGUCUAGCCAUUUGGGAUAAUGCAACUUCUAAGACAUGGCUGGAUUCUGCCAAAGAAAUAAAAAAGCAGGUUCGUGGCAUCCCGUGGAAUUUCACGUUUAAUGUAAAGUUUUACCCACCAGAUCCAGCACAAUUAACAGAAGAUAUAACAAGAUAUUAUUUAUGUCUUCAGCUUCGGCAGGACAUUGUUGCAGGACGUCUGCCCUGUUCUUUUGCAACUUUAGCAUUGCUAGGCUCUUACACCAUACAGUCUGAACUGGGUGACUAUGACCCAGAGCUCCACGGUGUGGAUUAUGUCAGUGAUUUUAAACUGGCCCCAAAUCAGACCAAGGAACUUGAAGAGAAGGUCAUGGAACUGCAUAAGUCCUACAGGUCCAUGACUCCAGCUCAGGCUGACUUGGAAUUUCUUGAGAAUGCCAAAAAGUUGUCUAUGUAUGGUGUCGACCUUCAUAAAGCAAAGGACUUGGAAGGAGUGGAUAUCAUCCUGGGCGUCUGCUCUAGUGGCCUUCUGGUUUACAAAGAUAAGCUGAGAAUUAACCGCUUUCCUUGGCCCAAAGUGCUGAAGAUUUCCUACAAACGUAGCAGCUUUUUCAUCAAAAUUCGACCUGGAGAGCAAGAACAGUAUGAAAGUACCAUCGGAUUCAAACUUCCCAGUUAUCGAGCAGCUAAGAAAUUAUGGAAAGUCUGUGUAGAGCAUCACACAUUUUUCAGACUGACAUCUACAGACACCAUUCCUAAAAGCAAAUUCCUUGCACUGGGAUCCAAAUUUCGAUACAGUGGCCGAACUCAGGCUCAGACCAGGCAAGCUAGUGCUCUGAUUGACAGGCCUGCUCCACACUUUGAACGAACAGCCAGCAAACGAGCAUCCCGGAGCCUUGAUGGAGCCGCAGCUGUUGAUUCCACAGACCGAAGUCCUCGGCCCACCUCCGCCCCAGCCAUUGCUCAGAGUCAGAUUGCUGAAGGCGCGCCUGCCAGAAAACCAGCAGUGUCUAAAGCACAGAAGGAGACCGUGCAGGUGGAAGUGAAGACGGAAGAUGUGCCCCCCGAGCAGGCAGAGCCCGAGCCCACAGAAGUGUGGAAGGCGGAAAGAUCCCACAUGGAGGUCACAGUACCUACCUCAAAUGGUGACCAUGCACAGAAGCUUGCAGAAAAAUCUGAAGAUCUGAUAAGAAUGAGGAAGAAAAAGAGAGAGAGACUAGAUGGUGAAAACAUUUAUAUCAGACAUAGCAAUUUAAUGUUGGAGGACUUAGACAAAAGUCAAGAAGAGAUCAAAAAACAUCAUGCCAGCAUCAGUGAGCUGAAAAAGAACUUCAUGGAAUCUGUACCAGAACCAAGGCCUAGUGAGUGGGACAAACGCUUGUCCACUCACUCCCCCUUCCGGACCCUUAACAUCAAUGGGCAAAUCCCCACAGGAGAAGGAGUGAAGAAAACCUCUAUCCUUCCCUCGGAAAGAAAGGUUGGUGGGCCAGAGACUAUAAAUAUCAUGCGCACAGAGGUGGCGGCUGCCGUGACAAAGGGGCCACCUUCCAGCCCUGACUCUGAACGGGAGGGCCCCCAGCAUUCAGUAAUUCCUAGUAAGAGCCAGUUGAGCACCCCGUCGGAGUCACCACAAAGCUUUGACUUUGGUUCCGUCUCCAUAAGCAGCAAGGAGACAGAAGAGGAGCCAGGGGCAGCUGGCAGCUGUGAUGUUAAGGAACUGCCAAGAGACCUAAGUGGGGAAGGUUCAGGGUUGGAGGAACAGGCCAGUGCCUUAAAUCUCUCAGUAACACCAGCUUCCUCCCAACUGCAACUUGGUGAACAAAAGGCAGAGAGUAGCGAAGAUCCUGUCUUACUAGGAGAGCCACUUGGAAAACAGAACGGAUCAUUUCUUGAGACGGGUGUGGGGGACCAGUUUCCCACCCUCAUUCGAAGUUUCCAGCCUCCGCUGGUGAAGACUCAGACAGUCACCAUCUCGGACCCCGCCAAUGCUGUGAAAAGUGAGAUCCCAACCAAAGAUGUCCCUAUUGUCCACACCGAGACAAAGACCAUCACUUACGAAGCUGCCCAGACGGAUGACAGCAACGGGGACUUGGACCCAGGGGUCCUGCUGACAGCUCAGACCAUCACAUCAGAAACCACCAGCAGCACCACCACGACUCAGAUCACCAAGACUGUAAAAGGUGGGAUCUCAGAGACCCGGAUCGAGAAGAGAAUCGUGAUCACCGGCGAUGCUGAUCUCGACCACGAUCAGGUCCUCGUGCAGGCUAUCAAAGAGGCAAAGGAGCAGCACCCCGACAUGUCGGUGACCAAGGUGGUCGUCCAUCAGGAGACCGAAAUCUCUGAGGAAUGAGCUCAGGAAUCCUCCUCUCCCCAGCCCCCUCCCCAGCUCCCGUCUUAAGAGAAAACCAGCAGAAUGAUCACGAAGUGAGCCUGUCCCCGCCGGACUUCAGACCUUCAAGAUUAUUCAAAACCACCGGAAAGUCAAUUCAUUUUCUAUCUGGAGUUUAUACCAAAAGAAUCUGCUAGAUAUCACAGAUCCUUUCAAGUACCUUUUUCUACAUUGUGAUAACAGAAUUUGCUCGACUUUUCACUCUGUGGACUGUUUUUAAAUGAGCUUUUUCUUUUUCUUUCUCUUUUUUUUUUUUUUAAGUGGGGUGGUUUGUAACCCCUUCAGCCUCGCCUCUUCCCACAUAUUUCCAACUCAGAUACUGACAGAGUUCAAAGGAUUGGGGGAAAUUCUCCAAACACUCUGUCAUCUGUGUUGGGGCCAAAGCCAGCUUAAUGGGAUUUCUCAGACCCUUCCCUCCUUUUAUACCCUCUGGAUGACAACCACAGCCCCCUCUCAGGGCCAGUGACGGGGACUCGAUCAGAAAGGGCUCUAAGCCGCUGGCCCUGGGAAUCUGCCCCUUUCCUUUGCUGAAAGUGGUUUUGUGGGAGGGCAAGAGCUCUGCUAAGAGUGUAUUUUUCUCCCGCCCUCCCUCCUGCUUUGUUUUUUCUGUUUUUUGUUUUUUGUUUUUUUUUGGAGCUUUUAUAGAUCAAAGACAUAAGAAGUUGCUUCCGAUCUAUCUGAUACUGUGAAUGUUGGAACAUAUCCGUGGCCUUCACCUUCCUGCCCUCCCUCAACUGCCCUUUUUACCUCGUCCGAAGUAUGGCCCUACUCAGUGCCCCCAGAGCCCAUCUCAGGAGACCGUAACUCACGGGGAAAACAGGCACUUCGGGCCAGAAGCUCUAAUGGCACAUUUUCAGUGGUGAUUUGGGCAAGGGACGUUUGUGAAGUUUGGGGUGGUGGUUUUGUUUUCCAUAGUUCUGGAACUGCUGCACGUGGGGACAGUGGCGUUACCUCAGCUGGGAGCCCGCUCUGAUGGGAACUGGCCUGACCUUUCUUCUCCAGCCCCGCCGCUGCCCACGGGCACCAUCCUCCCCAGAGCCUCUCUUGACACGGAGUACCAACACCAGCUCCACUCCUUCCCUCUCACCAUCUAGGUCUGUCGGAUUCUGUAGGUUUGCUUUUUGCAGUGGGUUUUGGGUAUGAUUUUUUUUUAGUUGGUUUGGUUUUGAAAAUGAGGACUAAUGUCCCCAUUCCACCAUUCCUGGUAGAUUUGGGGGCUUUUUUUUUUCAUUUUUGGGUCACACCCAAAAUGCUCAGGGGUUACUCCUGGCUCUGCACUCAGAAAUUACUCCUGGCAGUGCUUGGGGGACCGUAUGUGGUGCCGGGGAUCGAACCCAGGAUGGCCAUGUGCAAGGCAAACCCCCUCCUUGCUGUCCUCUCUCUCCAGCUUCCCUGGGGGGCAUGUUUGGUCAAUGGGGCCUUUUAAUCUUCCAACUUAAGAGAUCUGUUCCCACUAAGAGAUCUGCCUCAAAGCCUCCUAAUUCUAGUGCAGACGGGAACUCCCUAUGACAGGGUCCAUGUCACAACCAGCAAGGACCCCAGGCAGCAAGCAGGAGAGACGGUGCCCCACAGCCCUGCUCCUGGCAGCAUGGCCAACAGCACCUGGCGGAGUCUGCUGGUGGUGUCAUCUGUUUAGACGAAGAGGGACUGUGACAGGCCCACUGGCUGCUCUCUCGGGACAGGACACACACAGGCAGGGGGGUAUGACUGACCCGGGAUCAGCCUGGGAGCUGUGCCGGGAGGGUCAGAAAUGAAGGGGCCGUCCAGUGCUGCCAGGCUCCUGGCCCACCUCCACGCCCGCCUCCUGCUGAGGCCGGCAGUGUGCAGAGGCAGGCAGGAGAGGACACAGUGCACACACAGAGCUGGCCGGGCAGUAUUUCUGCUUUCCAGAUCAUUCAGUGUCUCCCUGCAAUUUCUGCCUCGUCUCUAAUCCAGACCAGAGGGGCUGAUUACUCAUCCCGGGCUGAAGUGCCCGAGUAUCCAAACCAGCAAGAAAUAUGUCCUAGGGCGGGAGCAAUGGUACAUCUCACAGGGUGCUUGCCUUGCAAGAGGCAGACCUGGGUUUGAUCCCUGGCACCUCCUAUGAACGCCUCCCCCCCCCCAUCCCCAACCCAGGAGUAAGUGCUGAGCACAGCCAGGUGUGGCCAAAACAAAAAUAAAAAAAAGAAAAAAAAAAGAACAGAAAAAAAAAUAGGCACGUUCCUUCCCAGCUUCCCUUUCCUCCCUCUCCAGCCACACAUCUUGGGGUUUUGGCAGUUGUUUGGACUUUUUUCUUCCUGCAAUUGUGUGUAUGUGUGUGUGGGUGUGUGGGUGUGUGUGUGUAUGAAGGAAAACAGACCCAGUCCAGGUGGAAAUGGUAAAGAAGGGAAACCAGAGUUUCAUUUCCAGGGUCAGAGCCGUGGCAGUAAUUUUCCUAAAGUGACUCAGACACAACACAGUAACAACUUCUGCUGCAAUUUUAUUUUUAUUUCACUUGAGAAAUAAAGAUUUCCUUCAAGCCACAUGAGUUCUUCACCACCCAUCCACUCACCCACCCCCAAAGCAGGACAUGAGUGUCUCCGCUGAGGGUGGGGGGCUACAACAGCCCCCCAGGGAAAGAGCCCCAGCCGUGGCCAGGGUGAGGCAGACGGAACCUGCCCAGAAUCUCAGCCCCAGGCUGGUUUUUACAAAUCUCUCUGAAAUGUAUUAUUUUGGUGACAAAAAAAAAAUGAAGGAGCUUUGUAAAUUUUUUAAAAAAUUAUGAAUCAUAUCAAGUAGUUGUUUACAUUUCUUGACAAAAUAGGAAUUACGACAGCAGAAUAAAAUUGGCAAAAUCCUUAGAUUAACUAGGCAAUAAUUAGGUCUGCUGUUGGGGCUUUUCGUAGUAAAAGUGGUUGUAGUGUUUAGAUACAUGUUUGGUCUUGCUUCCUGUAUUGCAUUUUUCAAUAAACAAAACAAA